AGAUGGAGCCCGAGGCCGGCGACCGCGGCCCGGCCUUCCGCAGUCUCCACAGCCGCUGCGGAGAGAUGAAGCUGCGGAAGAGGAAGUCCACGCUGUGCGUGAACACGCAGGCGAAGCGCUCGCGGCGCCGCGAUCUUCUGGGAGAAAACAUUUACCUGGUCUUGUUUACCAUUGCUCUGCGAAUGUUUAACUGCUUCCUAGUCCAGACAAGUUUUGUUCCCGAUGAAUACUGGCAGUCUCUUGAAGUUGCACACCACAUGGUUUUCAGUUAUGGCUAUCUGACCUGGGAAUGGACAGAGAGACUGAGGGGUUACACUUACCCCCUCAUCUUUGCCAGCAUUUACAAGAUUCUGCAUCUUUUGGGGAAAGACAGUGUUCAACUGCUGAUCUGGAUUCCCAGACUGGCCCAGGCUCUUCUGUCUGCUGUAGCGGAUGUAAGGCUUUACUCGCUCAUGAAGCAAGUGGGAAAACAGGAGGUGGCCCGAUGGGUGUUCUUUUGCCAGCUGUGCUCUUGGUUCACGUGGUACUGCUGUACCCGAACCCUCACCAACACCAUGGAGACCACCCUCACCGUGAUUGCCCUUUCCUACUAUCCUCUGGGAGGCUCAAGGUCCAGGAGCAGCAUCAAGUACCCGCUCCUGGUUGCAUUUGCUUGCCUCGUCCGCCCCACAGCCCUCAUCCCAUGGGUGCCGCUGCUCUUCAGACAUUUCUACCAAGAACGGAGAAAGCUCCAUCUGAUCCUGCAUCAUUUUUUACCCGUGGGGUUGAUUAUUCAAGAAUAGAUGAAAUAGAGUGGUCUUUUUAAUAAAGGUUGCUUAAGUGCAUCUUGUCAUCAGUGAAGGAUCUUUCCAAAUGUAUGAACCCACACUUGGUGGACUUGUAAAGCAUUUUUAAAGUGGUGUUGGUACAAGGCAUUG